AUGGUGUGCGUCAUUUUCGCAUCCUACCUGUUCUCCGUCAACUACAACCUGAACUACAUGGUUAUCACCGUAGCUCUCAAUGCUUUCACGUCCUCGUCCUUGGCUGCUAUUGCUCCCAUAAUCUCGAACAUCUUGACGAUUGUCCUAGUCCCCUUCUUCGCAAAGUUCUCGGACGUCAUCGGUCGUGCAGAGGUAAUAACCAUCGCCUUGCUCUUCCAGGUGGUUGGCUAUAGUGUUCAGACAUCUUCGAACAACUUUGAACAAAUAACUAUCGGUGGGCUCGUCGCUAGUAUUGGCUCCACUGGCUACAGCUGCUUGCAGGCUGUUAUCAUCGCUGUCUCUCCUCUGUGGUACCUUCAACGCAAGGGUGAAAGGACGCUUGGAGGACGCCCUCGUCGCACACUCAGCUGGCUCUGGCAGCAGUUCGAUUUCGUCGGUGCCAUUCUCUUGGCCGCCACUUUGUCGCUAUUGUUCUUCCCGCUGAUUACUGCCAGCACUCACGAAGACAACUUCAAGAACCCCCUCAUCAUUGGCUGUCUUUGUGCUGGCGCAGUGGCUCUGAUUGUUCUGCUCGUUUGGAACGCCAAGUACACCACCAAGCCAAUGCUGCCAAAGCGCAUUUGGUCUGAUCGCACUGUCAUGGGUGCCAUCUGCGGCAGCAUUGUUAGUAGUAUGAUGGUUUCCAUGAACUAUACGUACUUCUACAACUACCUUGUCGUCACACGCAAGAUCGAUUACCCUAGAGCCUUCCUGCUCGCACGCGGUUACCAGAUGGCCUUCUACAUCAUUGCACCCAUCACUGGCUUACUGAUGAGGAAGUUCAUGACCACUCGCCGCUUCAUCUGGAUUGGUCUCAUCAUUCAGACCAUCGGCACCAUUAUCAUGAUCCCUGCUCGUUUGCCUGGCUCGUCGGACUUCUUUGUCGUCGCCUCGCAAGCCGUUGUCGGUCUUGGUGACGGAAUGACAUCUCUCGCUGCCAUGGUCUCGAUCACCGGCUCCGUCCAUCGCCGUGAUUAUGCCAUGGCCAUCAGUGUCAACCUGAUGUUGACCGCUGUUAUUGGCUCAAUUGCCGGUACCGUGGCGGGAAGUGUUUGGACUCAGGUGCUGCCACAGCGACUCAAGCAUCACAUCGUGGGCGAGUACGACGAGCUCCAAAUCAUGAACAAUGCCGAUUUCGUCAAGAGUCUUUCUGAACCUAUGUACUCGCAAGUUGUUGCUGCCUAUGGUGAUGCGCAGAAGAUUCUCUCCAUCAUCUCCGCCUCUCUUGUUGUGAUUGCUGGUCUCUUCACUCUUAUGAUGAAGAAGGUCGAUCUCUCUCUUGACCACGAUGCUCAGGACGCCAAGUUUGGUGGUGUGGAGGUCAGCAAGGAAGAUGCUGAAGUUUGUCACGAGAAGAUGGAGGCCAUUAAUGAGAAGGAGAAGUAA